UUAGCUGGGUCCAUCACUUUAACUUUUCUUGCAGGGACUCACUCUCUGAAGUAUUUCGACACUGGGUCCUCUCAAGUCCCAAACUUUCCAGAGUUUGUGUCUGUUGGUUAUGUUGAUGAAGUUCAGAUGAUUCACUAUGACAGCAACACAAUGAAAGCAGAACCCAAACAGGACUGGAUGUUGAAGGCAACAGAUUCACAUUACUGGGAGAGGGAGACUCAGAACUAUUUGGGUUAUCAGCAGAUCUUUAAAGUCAACAUUGAAACCGCAAAGGAACGCUUCAACCAGACUGGAGGUGUCCACAUUGUCCAGCGGAUGGUCGGCUGUGAAUGGGACGAUGAGACUGGAGAAGUUAAAGGUUAUCGUCAGGGUGCUUAUGAUGGAGAAGACUUCAUAUCAUUGGACCUGGAGACAGAGACGUGGAUCGCUCAUAGACCACAGGCUGUUAUCACCAAACUGAAGUGGGAUAAUGAGAAAGCUGAUCUUGCACAUCUUAAGAACUACUUAACCCAGGAGUGUCCUGACUGGCUGAAGAAGUACCUGGAGCAUGGGAAGAGCUCUCUGCUGAGAACAGAGCUUCCCUCGAUGUCUCUCCUCCAGAAGUCUCCCUCCUCUCCAGUCAGCUGCCACGCUACAGGUUUCUACCCCGACUCAGCCAUGUUGUUCUGGAGGAAAGACGGAGAGGAGCUUCAUGAGGACGUGUACGUCGGAGAGGUCCUCCCCAACCAUGACGGGACCUUCCAGAUGAGCRCUGACCUGCAGGUUUCAUCAAUCCCACCUGAAGACUGGAGGAGGUACGACUGUGUGUUCCAGMUCUCUGGUGUGAAGGAGGACAUCGUCAAAAGACUGGACAAAGACUCAGUGGAGUCCAACAGAGAGAAGCCCACUGACGUGACCACCACCACCACCAUCAUCAUCAUCGCUGCAGUGGUCUUUCUCGCUGUCGUCCUCGCUGUCAUUGGAUUCAUCGUGUACAGGAAGAGGCAGUGGCAGAUUUAGCAAUUUGGGGCCCAAGGCGAACACAGGCAUGGGGCCCUCUGCACAUGUUGUUCUCCAUCUGUUUUCAAUCCUUAUU